AUGAACAAUGGAAUGUCUAAAUCCGGUUGGGCGGUUAUGCGGGAUGAAAUAACUCGUGUCACGAUGAACGGCCGUGAUUUGACGCCACAGGAGGAAAAGGGUGUGGUUGCCACACCAAAGAACAAUGGGCAUUCCGCAGUUGCUUAUGUUCGGCAUGCAAGUGAUGGUUAUUUGUGCAAAACAAAAUCGAUAAAAUGUUUUUUGUUGGGAUGA